AUGGCGCCGGUGUCUGAUAGCAAUUAUUUUCCUUCCCUGGGAGACUGCUUGUCCGGGGAACGGGUGCUGUUAUCUUGGAGGCAUGUUGCUACAGCUUUAUCAGACGAAUCUGGCAGGAGACAACGAAGCACGGAAGUGGUGAAUCUCUUGUCCGACGAAUAUGUCCACGCACUCUUGAAGGACCCAGCUACUGCGUUUGCGCCACCGAAUGAUGCUACGAAGAAGGACUUUGAAACAAAGACGGCGCCGAUCAACGUUACCUCAGCAUCAACUGAACGAUACGAUAUUAAGUUGCUUAAGGAGGAUGCCGAAUGGCUGAGCAAGAGCGCAAAGCUGAACUUGGUCGCUGCCUUACGAAUUGUUGUUCUUGAAGUGCAAUCCCGGCCGAACCGCCAUCUUUUGGGGCAAUUAUCAGCUCAAGAUGCAACAAAUCUCCAGGAAGCAGCCGGCCUUCAAAAUGGACAGCGAACUUCAUUCAUGUCUGAUUUUGGAGCCGGUAACGCUAUAGAUGCCGAUAAGAUCUCCGCCGAGUUCGAUAAUGACGAUUCGAGGAAGUGCAGACUCUUCAACAUCUUCCUCGCCGAACGAAGAUACUUUGUUAUGACCAUGGACUACUUGCAAUCAAUUAGGCUAUACGGAAGACUGCCAAUAUUCACCUCUACCAGUGACAAACUGGUACCGCUUUAUAAACUGAAGACUUCGUCAAAUGCCAAGGACGAGAGCGUAUCAUUUCUUUCCGCCUACCUCAAAGUUAUCACAUCCAGCAUGACCAGUUUGGAGGCCGGUUUGAAAUCCGUAACCGACGACGCCGUACUCCUGAGAGACGACAUCGAAUUGGAUUGGCUGGCAACCUUGGUCACCGAAGUUAUCCACUCUCAAUCUGUGGUUUUCCAGCUGGUUGACACCCUUGGCAACGACUUCCCACCUUCCGGUGUCAUCAACCAGUGGUUUUCGCUGAUGGAUAUGUAUAACUUCUUCGACAACAUCCAACCUAUUAACCAAACGAUUGGGGAGCUGGUGCAGCCAUUAAAGGCUUUGGCAGUGGCUGUCUCCAUCGGCCUUCUUAAACCCGCGCAAUCUCUCACCUUCUUAGCUGAGAGAGAAGAAGAGCCAACACCCUCUGAUGAUAUGUACGAUUCAUACCUAAUCCUGUCAGACGUCUUGGAGCAGGUCCAUAAGAGCGUCAUCAGCGCAGCCAGUGUGGAUUGCGAAAGCGCUACUCCGGUCAUUUUUGCCUGGACGCUUCUUCUGCACCGAAUGAACGUGUCAUACCAAAACCGAACCGAAAAACGAGACAACCUACUACAACAGAACGCAAGAGAGACCUUUGAAUCUGGUGGUGUUGUUCGGCCUAUGGCUCGGCGCAACUCGGCUGGUAGUAUAUUCUCCAUCGAGUCUUCCAAGUUUGAUGGGUUUCUUGAGAAUACAACCACUGCCAAGGAUUUGCAAGUUGUCGAACAACUUGCAUCUGGAGCCACAGCACAUGGAAAGGUGUUUGAUAUCAUUUCAAACAUGACAGCCUGCCUAGGCCCUUCUUCUGAAGGUAGCAUGACACCGUUGCUUAGUUCUCGCAUGCGAAAUGCCUUCCUCGAGCUGCUUAAAGUUUCGUACCCUAUUGUUGGCUACCAGUCUGAACCUGUUAGCGCCCUUAUUUCACUACUCUCACCUGGUCGUGAAUACUGGCAACUUUUACCUGAACAAGACCUCGACGUUUCACAAGAUGUCUUGACUAGCAUGCUGCAAGAUGACUACACCAUGGAAUUUUACUUCCAGCAAGCCUUGGAUCGCUACCCGUACGAGUUUCUGCCUUUUAUCACGAUGUGCAAGGCCCUGUGCACCGCUGCUAGUGACGCGAGCGACCAAGAUCGUUCUGAAUUUAUUCUUACUCUGCUAAGGAGAACACCAACCAUAACUUUUACCCUCCCAGACGCCUUUCAAGCAUACGAGUUAGUUCAGGAAGACGAAAACACAAACUCUUUCUGCUUGUUGGAGGAGUUUCCGUUGAUAUCAUUGUCCUCUUCGUGGAGAAGGAGAUACAUUGAGGACGACGCGUACAGGCUUCCUGUUGGAAGCUAUGGGCGAUUCAUCACUGAUACUGGCAGGGUGGUGCUGAUGGAAUACCCUCACUCAUCUUUGUCCCUCCUUGGACGCCAACUGGAAAUCAACCUGAUGAAGGAAGGUUAUCGAUGUGAAUUGGGAAUGCUGCAACCUGACGAGAUUGCCGAAGUCAUUUCUCUUUUUGCGACACUCUUUCGAAUGGAGCAUCUCCAUGCCGGGCCGCGCUCUACCACCACUCUCGUACAUAGAGACAGCGAUCUCUUGGCAGAGAUUAGCAAACACAUCAGCGGUGGUAAAGAUGUUGUGACGGUCGUUUGCGAAACAAUGGACUAUUACAUGCAGGAUGAGCUUGCCAUGAGCGAGGAGGCUGCGAUCAACGUAUUGACUGCAUGCGUCAAGUUUUUGGAUGCCAUACUAACUUCGCAACCCAGCCGAGUUUGGUCCUACCUGGCAAGAGGGGAGCUUCUCAACUCUGAGUCCAGGGCUGGUAAGCUGGCCAAAAUCACUGGUAAUCUCGAUUUGGUGUCUGAGAGAUUUGAAUUCCUGAAUUCCUCGCUCUUGUUGUUCUCAGGGUUGAUCGACACAGCCAUGACCUCAGCUGUCCAGCGCCGUGCCGGCAACAAGAUUGCUUCCAGACAAAAAACAGACCUGAACCCCUGGUUGGGAACUGCGGACAAAGUGCUGACCAAAGUGAGCCUGUCCAUUGCCCACGCGUCUGUAGAUGUGUUUGAAAGCACCUCGACUUGGCGGUUCGAUACUGUAUCAAAUCGUACGCUAUUACUGGAUAGUGUUGUCCCUGUUCUGAAUAAGUUGAUUACAUACAGUUAUAGCAUGGGAGAGUCGCCUACAUCAGAUAGCUUGACUUCUUGCCUACGACCUGCAGCCCUGUAUGUCAUUGACUGUUUUAUGACGCCAGCGAGCGGAACUCUGCGGUUCCAGCCGAUUCUCUCCUCACUUAUCAACGCUUUCACCAUGCCCGAGUCAACUUUGUAUUCUACUCGCAACACCAUUGCUCGACGCCAAACCAACUCCAUUUUGCAAUUCUCCACCACACUUCUCAGGGCAGCCAACUACCUUGAGAAGUCCUCCACAAUGAUCGAAACUUACCUUUUCAAGAGCUCUACGCUCCUUGCUCGGCUGUGUGCGGUAUCUGAUGUAUUCAGAGCCGGUGCCAUCAGUCUCCUUGAGUCGCUCGUGGUCAAUGCUGCAUCUGCAGCUUCCGAACCGCCAUCCCUUCUUGGAUAUCUUGGCCCUCAGAUUUCCAAAUCUUUCCUUCAAGUCUUGGCGCAUCUUGGACGACCGUUUAAUUUGACAUUGGAGGUUGGUACCAUCUGGAAGUUUUUCUCAUCUAUCCUCCGCAACAGGCAACAGUGGAUGUCAAACUGUCUUCUCACCGGACAGACACCUAGAGAAGCCAUGAAACAGGAGACAAAGAAGGGUGAGCUCUCAGCCGAUUCGGUUUUCGCAACCGCUCUUGCAAGAUUGAAGAAGUUGAAGGAGCUUCAGCCAAAGGAAGCACUUGCUAUUUUAGACUUUGUGGCAUCUGCUCAAAAUUACUGGCCGUGGACAGUUUUUACGCUUCUUAAAGACACCACAUAUACUGAUGGCUUGCGGGCUUACGUCCGUGACCUCAAGCCGUCUCAUUUGACGGUCAAAUCCGAUGCUAUUCAAACGAGCGUUGAUGCCAGAGUGGCAGCUUAUGUUGCUGAAACCUUGGCUAUGCAACUUUAUCAUUCGCGACAUCAAGGAGCUUCCGACGCUUUAGCCAAGAGCCUGCUCUCCGACCUGGAUUACUUUAUUCGGGAUGGCGUAGAGGUGGCCGGCUACAACAAGUCUUUACAUAAUAACUUUGGGAAGAAUUUCGCCAAUAAGUACGCUGGUUGCUCGCUAGAAAACUUUAAGCGUACGGCACUGGAGCCCCGUGAUUUGGGAAAGAAUUACUACUACGACUUGGACCGUGCUACGGAUAUGUUAGCUUUUGAUCCUGGCUGGCUUGGACGAAGGGACAACGGGUUCAAGAAUGAAAUGGAACUUGCAAACGCCAACUUGUCGCUGGUUGACGCUCAAAUAGCUCUGUUCCAUGCCUGGGAAUUCUUAUUGGUAGAGUUGAGUACGACUUUACCGAAGAACGAGACGGUAACGAAGCAAAUGCUGCAAGUAGCUCAACAAUGCUUGAAUGCAAACCAAGGCGCGCCAGGGUCUGAGAGCAUCUUUGUUAAGCUCGUCGAUGCCAGAGCAAGUCUGGCACUCGUCUUGGUGCAGCGCCUCGCCAAGGUAUCUGUCCCAGUGCAGGAUAUCAACCAACUUUUAGGUACCCUCACAGGUACUAUUCACAGCGUGGAAGAACCAUUCUCCAAGGAGUCAAUUGCGUAUUAUCGCACACUUCUUAAAGCACUCUUUGUCACCCUUCGUUCAUAUCACCUCUCUGAACACAAAGUGGUAUCCGAGACUGCAGUAGACCUUGGUGGUUCGACAGUAACGGUCACGCAAACCGUGCUGAAUCUUGUUGACCACGUUGUCGCCAGAGGAUUCCGCUCACUCGUGAGCCUUAUUCACGAUAGCGACUCGGAUAUGUCCCCCGAAGACCUUGCCCUUUUGACUGCAAUUUUGCAAGCUUGUUUGAGCAUGCCCAACAUGGACCAAUCGCAGACACAGAUUCUCAACAUCAUGGCCGCACAUGAUGUUGUCAAUGCAUGCAUUUCCUUGUUUUCCUGGGCGGACAAACUGGCAUAUCAAGGCGACCCUGUAUACGGCGAACUGAGCAUUUUAUUCUUGCUCGAGCUCUCAACCCUGCCGCUUCUGGCAGAACAGCUAGCUUGCGAUGGCGUUCUCAGCAGUCUCCUCUCAGCCAACCUCUCCAAGUACAUGCUCAGAUCCACAAUCUCGCCCUAUGCCGACGCCCCUGUUGCCCAGCGAUGUUACACGAUUUGGGUCAAAGGCUUCUUGCCUCUGAUGUUGAAUAUGCUGGCAUCUCUUGGCACUACGCUGGCUCCCGAAAUCACGUAUGUGUUGAACCAAUUCUCGCAUCUUCUGGAGGCAAGUGUGGACAGGUUUGAAGCCCCGGGAGCCUCUCGGACGAAAUCUAAGGCCACCUCGCAGUAUCUCACGUUGCUGGCAACGUCUGAGAUUCAUUCUCUGGCACUACUUACAAGAGUUUUGUCUGCUAUGCGGGUUAAUAACAACCGCGAUAUUCCAGUAGUUGAGUGGGAUGCCACCGGCCUCUUGGAGAAUGUUGAAUUCUGGCUCUCCAGCAAGCGACUACUUAAAGAGCGUUUGCUGCCCCUGGGACCUCGCGAAAUGGAAUGGAGGAACACGCGGAAGGAGAUGGCAAUUCCCGGUGGCACUGAAAGCCUACUCGAGGAGAAGAUUGUUUCGCAGCUUGAGACUGUGCGGGACAUCUUGAGCGAGGAGCUGGAGACUUAA